AUGUCCUCAAGCAUUAAUCAUUACAAGUACACAUGUGCAUCUAAUUAAAACACAAUAAUAGAUUUGGAGACCGUUGAUGUCUCUGAUAUUGACAAUUAUCAUGCAUUAGAAAUCAAAAAUUUGGAUUAUCUCUUUGUUUGCAAAAAAUCUUCAAAGUGUCUUUACUUAGUAUCCUUAAUUAAUAGCGAGGAAAAAUAUUAUCUGACUACAGAUUAAGAGAUAUCAGAUUUUGCUUUGGCAUAUUUUGCACAGUCAUAUUAUUUGAUAAUCAUCCAAAAUAAGUAGGAUAUAUAGUUUUACAAAAUUGACUAUCAAUAUAAAUUUUCUUUGAAUAACGAACUCAAAAUAGAAGGAUUACAAUCACCUAAAUUAUUUUGUUCAGAAUAAAUAGGAGCAAUUUUAAUUGAUAAUACAUAAAUAUAUCUAAUCCAAUUAGACAAUAAAUUUAUUAAAUAAUAACUCAAGCAAGUGGCUAAGUAGGUGAUAAUUUCGAGAUGUUUAAAAUACAUCUUCAUACUCACCCAAGAUUCAAAAUUAUAGGUUCUCAAUUCGAAGUCAUUGCAACUCAUUAAUGAACACAAUCUUAAAUAUACAGAAUCAGAACCUUUGAAAUUCUAAUUAUUAGAGCAUAAUAAUUAAAUAGCUCUUUUUACUAUCACAUCAUAAAAAAGGAUUAUCUUUUGGACUUUUGACAAAGAAGAUCUGCAUACAUCAAGUCUAUUGCCGAAUGAAUCUGUGAAAUUUAAAUUCAAUUCAAGCAAAUAGCAUAUAGAAUUAUUUGGUUUCUAAAUAGAUUCCACUCAAAACUUUCUCUUUAUCCUUUAUUAGACACAAGACAUGACAGUGCAGCUUUAUGUAGCUCAACUGAAUCAAUCUUAAAUUUAGAAAAGAGAAUAGAGCAAGAUUAAGCAUAUCAAAAAAUUUGUCAAGAAAAGUUCAACCGCAGCAUUGUUUAUACAAUUCAUAAUACCACCUGAGUAGGCAGAAAGGUUCUAAAAUGGUGGAAAUAAAUGUUAAUCUGAAAAAGAAUACAUUGAAUUUCAAUAAGAAUUCAAAGAUUUUAAAAAUUAAGAAUUAGAAUUCACAGAUCAUUAAUAACCCUAUAUUUUUGCAUUGCAAUCUGAGAAGAAAGAUAAAAUUGAAUUAUGUUGGUUUUAUAGUGACCUUGUCCUUGGUGCUAUUCUACCAGAGGAUUUACUUUAACUUUACGAUUAAAAUACUUCAAAAAAGCAAGGCUCAAGUAUUAUUCAAUAAUCUCACUUAAUUCCUCCUCCUUAUAUAAAAGAGGAAGAUGUGCAACAAUUAAAUUAGUAAUAAAAGUGGGAAAUCAAUAGCAAUAAUACUACCAAUUACAAUAACAGCAGUGAGAAUCAAUUUGAUCCAGUAGCCAAGGCGAAUGAAAUUAUAGAGAAUGAAUUGAUUCCAAAAGUUUAACAAUGUUAACAACAGCAGCAACUCCAAAUGAUAAGUAGCGAUGUCAAAAAAGAUCUAAUCGAAGACAUUACAUUCAUUUUUGAUAUCAAAGAUUUGAUAGAAGCCUAGGUAAAGAAGGAACUAGAUAAAUAAGGAUAAAAUGAUUAAUAAGCAUUACUUAAAUUAGAAUUACAAUUUAAAUAGGAUUUAUGUUAAUUAGAAGGUCAAAUGGAAAACGUAGUUAACUAAAAUUUAGAGUUAUAUCAACAAACAUGUGAAAACUUUCUGAUGGAUAAUUUUAAUUAAAACUAUUUUGAAUAAUUAAUCGAUGAUAGAAUAGGCAGUCAUCUGAAAUUGUUGGCUAAUCAAUAAAUAAGUUAAAAUGAAUGUACACAAUUAGUUUAAAAUACAACUAAUGAUUAUCUAAAGGAUCAAAUUGGUUAACUUUACUAAGAUGAAUUACCUAAGAUGUCUUAAGGAGUUAUAUAAAUAUUUGAUAAGGUAAUUUAAUACUUUAAUGACAUGUAAUUCAUAGACUAAACUAAAAUGAUUAAUUUUAAUGCAUUCAUUGACAAUGCUACCCAAUAACUUCAAACUCUAAGCAAAAAUAUAGCUUAAUUGGCUGAAAAUAAUCGGCCAGGAUCAGAUGCUCUAUAAAAAUUGGAUUAAUUGAUUUUAUAAACUGAACAAAUGGCUAAACAGUAUGAGGGUGCCAAGAGAGGACUCAAAUUAGCUGAAACACAUCAACAAUUGCCUUAAUAAUAUUAAUAAUAAUAAAAUGUUUCAUCUGAUGAUAGACUAUAAAAGAUUGAAGAACAUAUUUUGAAAUUAAGAAAUGAUUUAUAAGCAUUAACUCAGAAUUAAUAAGUUUAAAUUUAACCUGUAGCUGGUAUGGAUUAAUUCAUUAAAGGAAUGGCUGCUCAACUAACUUAAUUAUAAAUCAAAUUAACAAACCCCCAAAUGAACAUAUAAUCAAUUUAAGAGAUUUUGAACUAAUUGAUUUUACAAUUUCAAUAUUUUAUACUUAAAUUUGGAUCAUGA